AUGAACAGAACGUUGACUUUUGCCUCCAUCGCUGCCGCAGGUGUGCUUGGAUAUGCCAUUUACUUCGAUUACAAUAGAAGAAACUCUCCAGAGUUCAGAAAGCAAUUGAGAAAGAGAAGAGUUCACCAAGAAAAGGAACAGGCCAAGGCUCAAGAAGAAUCCAGAAAAUCCAAAAUGCUUGCUGUUAAGACUGCUUUGUUGGAGGAUUUGGCCCAGAACCCUAUCCCAACCGACUUGACCAAGAAAGAAGAGUUUUUCAUGGAGCAAGUUGCUUCCGGUGAGCAAUUGGCUAACAAUCCUUCCACCAAGAUCGAAGCUGCUUUGCGCUUCUAUAAAGCUUUGGCUGUCUACCCUAACCCUACCGAUAUCAUGGGUAUCUACCAAAAGACUGUUCCAGAAGAUGUUUACGAGUUAUUGGUUAUGAUGAUUGCCAUCCAGCCUCCAGCUACUAUCACUAACAUCAUUGGCGGUGCUGCUGGUGUCAGCGGAGCCGCUUCUGCUGCAGGUGCUGCUGCCGCUGCAAUGGGUGAGGAAACCAAGCCUUCCGAAGUUGAUUUGGAUUAA